GCCGGCGUGUGUGCGCGCGCCCGCCCGCACGCGCCCGCCCCGCCGCCCGGGAGGGGGCCUGCGCGGCCGCGAGCGAGCCUCCGCCACCGCGGCCCGCGCCCGCAGGCGCCGGGGUCCCCGCGGCCCCGGCCGAUGUAGCGGCCGGGCCGGGCCGGAGCCGGCGGGGGGCGCGCGCUGUGCAUUGCUGCGGGGCUCUCCGGCGGGGGGCGGGGGGCGCAGGAAGCGGAAAGCCGCGCCGCGCCGCCGGGGAGCUGGGCGGUGAACCAUGUUGAGUCCUGCCAACGGGGAGCAGACCCACCUGGCCAACUAUGUGGAGGACUACCUGGACUCCGUGGAGUCCCUGCCGUUCGACCUGCAGCGGAACGUCUCGCUCAUGCGGGAGAUCGACGCCAAGUACCAAGAGAUCCUGAAGGAGCUGGAUGACUACUACGAGAAGUUCAAGCGCGAGGCGGAUGGCACCCAGAAGAGGCGCGUGCUGCACUGCAUCCAGAGAGCCCUGAUCCGCAGCCAGGAGCUGGGCGACGAGAAGAUCCAGAUUGUGAGCCAGAUGGUGGAGCUGGUGGAGAACCGCAGCAGGCAGGUGGACAGUCAUGUGGCCCUGCUCGAGGCCCACCAGGACGCCGGCGACGCGGCCGGCAGCAGCGGCAAAGCCGGCCAGGAGAAGUCCAAGAGCGAGACAGUCACGCAGGCGGAGAAGCCGAACAACAAGCGGUCCCGGCGGCAGCGCAACAACGAGAACCGGGAGAACGCUUCCAACAACCACGACCACGACGACAUCGCCGCGGGAACACCCAAGGAGAAGAAGGCGAAGACCUCCAAGAAGAAGAAGCGCUCCAAGGCCAAAGCAGAGCGGGACGCGUCCCCCGCCGACCUCCCCAUCGACCCGAACGAGCCCACGUACUGCCUGUGCAACCAGGUCUCCUAUGGAGAGAUGAUCGGCUGCGACAACGACGAGUGCCCCAUCGAGUGGUUCCACUUCUCGUGCGUGGGGCUCAACCAUAAACCCAAGGGCAAGUGGUACUGUCCCAAGUGUCGGGGGGAGAACGAGAAGACCAUGGACAAGGCGCUGGAGAAGUCCAAAAAAGAGGGGCCUACAACAGGUAGCUGUGGAGAGCGAGCCACCGUGUAUUUAUCGCAUCGCCGCCUCCUGAGGCGUGGGGCUGUGAAUGUCUCUUUUUAGAGAACGCUAGCACAGGAGCCGUGGCGCGUGUGGGGUGCAGUGGCUCUCUGCCUUUGUCCGCGUUGGUACGCGUGUAACACAAACGCGCUCUGUGGGUCAGCAUCCUAGAAACGACAAAUAUAGGUUUGAGUUAAAACACCUCGGGAGUCUCAGACUGAUUUUUUGAGGGGGGGUGUGACUUGGAAGCAGCCUAAUGGGUUGAUGUGGAGAGAAAGAUGUCAUUCAGCUAUCUUGCUUUAAUAAAGACAAUGUUGCUUCUUUGAACAAAUGUUUUAAAUCAGCCAGGUUGCUAAAAAUACAGCGCUUCGCAGCUUUGUUUCUUGCUGCCAUAACGUGUUUCCAUGAAACAGUUCGAUAAAGGCUUAACGUUUGAGGAUUAUUUUUUAAAAAGGAAAAGGCCAAAUGUUUCAUGGCAGAUACUUGAUACCCUGACCUGUUCCCCAAAUGGCCGUUUUUAAAUGAUGGGUACAUCAGACGGGAGGCAUCGAGUCACAGAACUUCAGAUCACCGCUUUGCUGUCACGAUGGUGGUGUAGCGUCUUUAAUUUAUGUGAGGUGUGUAACUGCACACUUCCAGGUGACCUUGCGCUUGCUGUGUUACACUUGGAAGUGCAGCCAGAUGCUGUCGGGAAAACAAGGGGCACCUCCUGCCGUGUGGAUGUGCAGAUGUGACGUCAAGAAAUAAAGGAACUUGGCCAGUUUGUUCCUCUAACAGCAUAGUUGAUUUUGACCUAAGUUAGUUUUAAAAUUUUGUCUUAAAAAUUUAUACACCAGCAGUCUAGACAAAGCCUUAAGCAAAUUUUGUAUUGUUCUCACUUAAUAAUGAAGUAGAAGUUGAACUAAUUGCCAGCAAAUAAAUGAGUGUCAAAAAAGAACAUAGAUUUAGACUGGGGCCAGGAAGCCUGCCCGCCUGUCGGAUCCAGCCCAACGCCUGUUUCUGUGUGGCCUGUGAGCUGAGUGGUUCUUCACAUUUUUAAAUGGUUAACAAAAUCAUUUCAUGAAAUUCAAAUGGUAGUGUCUGUAAAUAAAGUUUCGUUGGAACACA